UGCAUGUAUGGGGGGGUCCAUGAGAUACGCCGACCGAUCUGUGUUGAUUGCUUUAGCCUUUGAAAAUUGAAUCUCAUCUUUUUCUCUAUUGGAAACUGGGAAUGACAUUCGUAUAGGUACAGAGGAUUGCAACGGAGCGAUUCUAUGGGCCUAUGGGGACUGACCGCAUCCAUAGACUGUUUAAACUGCAGGGAGAUCUUUGUCGGCGUACAGCGGUAUUUCAUUUCCGUCCGUGCAAGGAUAAUGAUCGGUAUAUGCGGCAGCCCCGGAUCAUGACAUGACAGGUGGCGCGGACCCUGUUGCCAUGGGAGACUGAAUAGCUGUCAAGCUCGUGCGUAAGCUUCCUGGUCGCGGUCCCUGUGCUGAGCCAGGUGGAUCAGCCCAUUUUACACACUUGUGGGGGGGAUGGAGUGCAUAUUCCCUUUCUAAUUCUCAUUUUCUUAUUAAUAACUGUGAGAAACAGGGUGAUAUGGCUAUAUUCUAACUACCAUAAUAUCGUCUGCAGAAGUAGAUAAAGGAAGCUCUUAAAGGACUUCCAGACACCCUGAGUAAACUAAGUCACCCAAGAGGCCCCCCGCAGUCCAGUGUGGUAUAGACCUACAUUUCGAGUGCCUUUGUGUUGUGUGUGUGCUGCCAGAGGUCACCUCAAAAGUUUUUUUUUCCCAAAUGCUAAUUAGAAAAAUGGCAGUGAAGUUUAGCAUAAUGGGCAGCAGUUGUCAGUUGGUCAUGAUAUAGUGCAUCUGGCUGGGGAGGGGAGUGUGAAUUGGGCCCUUCGCUCAGAACAGCGUGUCCUGCGCUGACCUAGCAUAGCGGUGACGGUAUGGAAGGAUUUAUUCACUUGUUGUAGGCUGGAGUCACAGGACUUUGAAAGCUUGAAGUGAUCCAGAGGCCUUCAUGACCGGUGGUGUUCUUUUUGACCCUCCAGGCUGACCUCUGACCCUGACAGUGUCCUGCAGGUAUUCUGUCACCCGCCUGAGUCCCUUGUUGUCAUCACUAGGCAGCAGCUUGGCUGAACAUGGUGGGUACCUGGUCCAGCGGGUAGAGCUACACUUCUCAAAGCUGCUUCAGCACAAGUCUGUUUUCCCAAAGAUGAGAUUACCAUAGCAACAAAAUCAAAUUUGUUCUGGAAAGGAGGGGUGUAGGUGUAGACCCGGAGCCCUCAGCUGGAGCCGCCAUGACCAGCCGCAGUCGUGGACGCGCCGAAGGGGCGGGGACCUCGCGCAGGCUGCAGGUCCAGCGCUCGCAGUCCCGGGACAUGAUCACCAUCCAUUUUUCAGCUGUUGGCGCAGAGGAUGGCGAGGAGGAAGAGGAGCUGUACAGCCCGGCUUCACUGUCUUUUUCCUCCGACAAACCGGAACAAGAUCGUCGAAGAGUCAGACCGGUGGAUUCUAGCGAUGAGCUGCUGUUUGAAGGCAUUGACCUGCUAGCUAUGGAAGUGACCUCAGCUUCUGGUGGAGCCAUAUCACACAUACAAGGUCCUCAGCUCUCAUCGAGGCCUGCCACCAACCCCAACCCAUCCGUCUCCUCCUCUUCCUCCUCUGCAGCUCCCAGCUCCUCCGCCGAUCACAACCCCCCCUUGUCAGGCCCCUCCCCCUCCAGGUCAGCCACCAUUUCUUCCAAACCCUUCCUGAGUCUGGUACGGUCACUGUCCACAGAGACAGAAGCCACACCGCCUACCAAGCUCCACCGGCAGUUGGUGAAGUCUUUGGUGAAAUCCCUUUCUAUGGACACAUCCGAGGAAGACCCGGAACCUUCACCCUCGAACCAAACCAACAGUGACUCUAGAACCGCCCCCUGUUCCCCGCUGCCCUCCUCACAAGAGGUAGAGAUGUGCCUUGACGAUUCUCGACGGUGGCUGUCAGAGGUCACGUGUGAGCCGCUCCAGCUGCUCAACAGGUUUAGGGCAGACGAAGGCCGCACCGUGAACGUCUCCGGCAGGCCGAGGUCUCUGUCCUCCAGCAUACAGGAGCUCAGCUUCGAUGGCCAUAUGGAGACCAGCUACAUCCAGAACAAGGAGCAGGAUACCAUGGACACCCAGGGGAAACUGGCACUAGUUCUGGACAGCUGCUCCAUGUCUACCCUGGCCCGACAACAGUUUCAGGAACUCCGACAGCUUUACAGCCAUGAUACGGAGAUGAAUGCUGGGGUUGAUGCUGAAUUGGACAGGGAGCGGUGCAAGAAUGCAGCCCAGGGGAUAGACCGCAGCAAGAGGAAGGAGAAAUGGGAGGAGAAGAACCACGUUGAGGAGGAAGAAGAGGAAACGGUGUCUCGAGUCCCCCACUGGCCGCUACUUGGUCUUGCCAUGCUGGUCUAUGGAUGCCUAGUCUUGCCCCUGCCGCCAUAUUUUGGGGGAGUCCUGUUGGGCGUGGCCGCUGGCUUCAUUCUGGCUACGUUCAUGGUCUGGCUGGCCGCCCCUGGUUAUUCUCGAGGCCACAGGCGGAACGAGGGCCUGUGGAACAUGGCUCCCCUAGAUAUCCAGGAGCCUGGCAUCUUCAAGGGCUGGAUGAAUGAGAUCCACAACUAUGACCCUGAGACCUACCACGCCACCCUAACCCACUCGGUGUUUGUGCGCCUUGAGGGCUGCACGCUCCGCCUGUCCAAGCCCAACCGGAACGUCUCCCGAAGAGCCACAUUCAAUGAGCCCAAGCCUGACGUCACCUACGUCAGCCAGAAAAUUUAUGACCUGACCGAUAGCAAGAUAUUCCUGAUGCCACAGAAUUUGGCCAGGAAGCGAGUAUGGAACAAGAAGUACCCCAUCUGUGUGGAGCUGGCCAGACAGGAUGGCUUGAUGUCUAAGGCUCCGGUUGACGAGGUGGGACCAGCGGACGCUGACAGGAGCGCUGGAGAGCACACCUUGUACCUUUUCGGCAGGACGGGCAGAGAGAAGGAGGAGUGGUUCCGUAGGAUCUUGUUGGCAUCUCAACUCAAAUCAGAAGCCAAGAAGCUGGCGGGUCUUUCCAUGCAUAAGAGCACUGCCCAGCCUACCCACAGUCAUAGUAGCAGCCAGCCGGUGGUGCUGUCUCACAGCCGCACCAGCAGCCGGAGCAGCCUCGAUGAGGUUCUGCUCUUGCAGCCCCUGCAGAGGGAGCUGACGGGUGGACUGAGGCAGAAGGCAUUGCUGGACUACAGCAUCUACAUGGCCCAAUAUAUCCCCUCUCCUCCUGGCAGCCCUACCUCCAGCUCUAAUCAUAGCGGAGAGAGCAGCCCUGGAACCAGAAACAAGCUGCCAAGCAGUCCAAGUGAAGAGGGUGAGCCAGUGGCUUGGGUCAAUGCCUUUCUGGGUCGGGCUCUCUGGGACUUCCUGAGGGAGAGACACUGGGCCGACGCGGUGUCCCGGAAAAUCCAGAUGAAACUCAGUAAAAUCAGGCUACCGUACUUCAUGAAUGAGCUCACACUGACAGAGCUGGAUAUGGGAAUCUCAAUCCCCAAAAUCUUACAAGCAUCUCAACCCACUGUGGACCACCAAGGUUUGUGGUUUGAUCUGGAGAUGUCUUACAAUGGCUCUUUCCUGAUGACCCUGGAGACCAAGAUGAACCUGGCCAGACUGGGGAAGGAUGCAGAAGGGUUAAGGUUUGGAGAGUCGGGCAAAGACGGUCCUAGGCCUCGGACGUACUGCCUCGCCGACAGCGACGAGGAAUCAUCCAGUGCCGGCUCAUCUGAUGAAGAGGAUCCCCCUGAAAUUCCUGCCGACAAAAGCCUACUGCCUGGGGCAGAAGGGUGAGAUACUCCGGAGUACAAUUAG